AGAAGCGAGAGAUCCGCCAGUCUUUGCUCAGUCGCUGUAGUAACGUUUGGGAAGCGGACUCUGAGCUGCAGGUCACCGUCGCACUUCAAGCAAACGGAUAAUAAAAGCAAAAACCAACAAAGCUCUCUUGUUCCGUGCGGAUGUGCAUAGAUAGAUAUUUUUUGCGAGCUUGAAGUCGUUUGGAAGUAAAACGGUGACCACAGCGGGAUAUUGAACUCCUCGAGACGCGGGGCAGGAGCCCAAAAAUAAGUUUUCAUCCUUUUCUGUUUUCUUCAUCGAAGGAAUUGUUAUUCCUUUUUGCCGAAUUUGUUGGACUGAAUGCGUGUAAUUUUCAGUUCCGGUGUUUAUUCUGAACUGGAGUGGGGCUGUUGACGGCGAGGCGGACACCAGAGAAGCGGCAGCUCGGUAGCCACCUGACCUCCUGGAAAAUAAGACGGCAGCUGAUGACACGCAGGCUGAGAGCUUUACGUGGCACAUUAGUAAGCUCACUGACGGAGUGGGACGAGUUUUCCACGCGGCUGUUGCAUUCCCAGCCGUGACGCACCGUUUGCGCGUGAAGUUUGCGGAAUACUGUUAGCGAUAUCUAAUCAAUAUUAGCGAGAUAAUUUGGGUGAACGCUGACAUUGAGUUGGGCAUAAUUCUCUGAACUUCUUUCGUGUCUGCGAGAAGUGGUGAAGUGGUUCAUCUGUCGGUACCGGAGACCAUGGGUAUAACCGCGCUGCAAGUGCUCCAGUGGUCGUGAUGCCAAGCGCCGGUCUGAUCCCGCGCGUCCAUCCCGUUAUGUGCGCUCUCUAACCCCGCAGAAGUGUGGUGCCGUGUCCCGGUCACACCGCCAGGAUGAGCAGCACCGACCUGGAGCGCAUGUCGCUCAGCUCUUCGGUAAACUCUGUGGCGUCCAGCGCACGGACGCUGUCAGCUAACGUGAGGAAGCUGCACAACGCGCUCAAUCUCCUGCUCAACGAUUUCGAAAGGGAGCAGUUCAUCCACUGCCUGAAUGUCUACCACUCCAAACGCAACGUGUACGACCUGGUGCAGACCCUCAAUGUCAUCCUCAACGCUCCCAGCAAACGGCAACUUCUGCCCAUGCUUCGGCUGGUGAUCCCCCGCUCCGAUCAGCUCCUUUUCGAGCAGUACACCUCGGAGGGCCUUUACUUAAAGUCGGAUUUAGUUGCAAGCAACGGACACGCCGAGCCGUCCCCGGGCGAAUUCCUCAGCGCUAGCCCGACGCCCCCGGGGCAUUUCUCUCCAAACAACCCCCCCGAGUUUCAAGUGGCGCUGCGGGGCUCUCCGGACAGCUUCAGCACCAGUAGCGACGGGACAGCUCCCCUGGUACCUCUUCUCGGGAGGAACUUUAUCCACGAGCCGCCCGGUGAGCUGCGCCAGGUCACCAUGAAGCGGCACAAGAGCAACGAGGGCCUGGGCUUCAGUAUUCGCGGCGGUUCGGAGCACGGAGUCGGGAUCUACGUGUCCCUGGUGGAGCCCGGGAGCUUGGCGGAGAAAGAGGGUCUCCGGGUCGGUGACCAGAUCAUGAAAGUCAACGACAAAGUCUUCGAUAAAGUCACCCAUGCUGAAGCAGUGAAGGUGCUCAAGGGAAGUAAAAAGCUUUGCCUCUCAGUGCGUUCAGUCGGUCGCAUUCCAGGCGGCUAUGUCACCAACCACGUUUAUACCUGGGUUGACCCUCAGGGCCGAAGCGUGUCUCCUCCUCCUGACCUGCCUGAGCAUCGCAGCGCCACUCUGAGAAGAACUGACAGUCAGCGCCGAAGCAACAUGCAGCUACUGCAGGAAGGGGAUGAGAAGAAGGUCAACCUGGUUUUAGAUGAUGGCCGGUCUCUGGGUCUGAUGAUCCGAGGGGGAGCGGAAUACGCUUUGGGUAUUUACAUCACUGGAGUGGACCAAGGGUCAGCAGCAGAGUGUGGAGGACUGAAGGUUGGUGACCAGAUCUUGGAGGUGAAUGGCCGCAGUUUCCUGAGCAUCCCGCACGAUGAGGCCGUCAGAGUCCUGAAGUCAUCACGCCAUCUGAUGAUGACAGUGAAAGACGUAGGCCGCCUGCCGCACACCAGGACGGUGGUGGGUGAGACCAAGUGGAUCGCCAGCUCACAGAUUGCAGAGAGCUCUGCCAAUAGCAGCGUGGCAAGCUUUUCUGUGGAUCAAGGAGCUUCUGCAUCAGGAAAGUCUGGCUUUUAUAAGGGUGUGGCAGGCUCACAGGUAACCCUUUCCAGUCUAGUGAAUCAAUCCCGUGCCAUGCUGGAGGAGCAGGCACGCCACCUGCUGACAGAGGCGGAGCGACAGACCAUGGUCUACUACGUGGAGGAGUACCGGGACGGACACAUAGGAGUGGAGCAGCUGGUCAUGGCGCUGUUUGAGCUGCUGAACACGCACGCAAAGUUCUCCUUGCUGUCUGAAGUACGAGGCCUGGUUGCGCCACAGGACCUGGAGCGUUUUGAUGGGCUGGUCCUUCGACGGGAAAUUCAGGCCCUUAAAGCUCGACAGGGGGCAGCUGGCGCCUCAGCCCUGCAGCCAGACUCCCUGUCCAUGGUGUCAUAUCCAGACACUCUGACAUCAUCUUCAGCCAGCUUCAUGACCAACACCACCCUCAGCUCUGCACGGAAUGACAGCGUUGUGGAGAGUAAUGAGGAGGAUCCCCCAGAGAGCCUGAACAUGCUGCUGACCGACAUCUCUCUGGAUGAUGUUCAGUCCGCCACAGCCGAGUCCCCUCCCUCCUUCAAGCCUCCGCCCCCACCAGGGGUGCAGAGGGGCCCAAGUAGAAGAGAUCCGCUCAACAAGUGCCCCUCUUCCGAAUCCUCACACUCAGGCUUGUACUUUACAGCCACAGCCUCUAAGAACCACGGCAACGAGCCAGGACACGCUCCUGCCUCACCCUCUUUACACCACAAACGAGAACGCCAGAGGGACCCGUCUCAAGAAUACGCAGCUAUCAGAAAGAGAGAGCCCUCUGCAUUGGCCAAGAAACAGAAAACAACAUCCGCUCAGUUGUCCACAGUCACUCAGCACAACAUUGGCCCUUUCCCCAGGGUGCAGUCGCCCAGCAGAGGCACUAAACCCGCUGCCCCGUCCCCUUCACCUCCGCCUCCUCCUCCACUCCCUGCCCCUCCUCCGCCCCCUUCUCUGUCCCUUAAGCCAGCGUCCAAGACCAAAUCCUCCCCCACCUCCUCUCCUGGGUCUAAACAGCAGUUUGUUACAGUGGAGGUUCACAGGCCCAACGCAGAACCUGAUGUCAAUGAGGUGCGGCCACUUCCCCAAGCUCGAGGUGGCACCCUGUCUCAGCUGUCAGACAGUGGCCAAACCCUCAGUGAGGACAGCGGGGUGGACAUAGCUGAGUCAGGACACGUCAGGAAAGAAAGUAGCUCCCAUUCCUCACGCACACACCUCCCCCGAGACACCCAGGAGGGAGGCGGGGGGGACAACCCCUCCAAACCGCCAGGGCUUUUGGAGCCUACCGCUACACUAGUGAGGGUGGCAAAGACUGCCAGCACCCUGGGUAUUGCCAUUGAAGGUGGAGCCAACACUCGCCAGCCGCUGCCACGAAUUGUGACAAUACAGAGGGGUGGUUCAGCUCAUAACUGCGGCCAGCUGAAGGUGGGACAGAUUAUACUGGAGGUAAACGGGGUUUCCCUGAGGGGCCGCGAGCACAGGGACGCAGCGCGCCUCAUCGCCGAGGCCUUCAAGACCAAAGACAGAGACUACGUAGACUUCUUGGUGACUGAGUUCAAUGUGGCACUAUAGCUGAGUGGAAGAGGAGGGAGUACGAUGACGAAGGUAGCACCAAGAGAAGAGGACUUCAAAGGGGUGAUGAUGCAGAAAUAUUCAAGUAUUCUAUUGAUUUAUAUGGCACAACUCUUGGAUAAACCUAAACAAACCACCAACUGAUCUGAGCCCUUCUCCUUUCUCGGAAAACCCACUCUUGAAUUUACAAGGCAUUACUUUCACCGUGGACUUUGUCCAGGAUUCUCCUCAACUUGUUACCUCCCCACUGUGAGACAUUAUGCGCUGCAGUGGAAAACCUGUACCUUUUGUGUUAAACCGUGUGGAUUUCUGGAACUUCUCAUAACACUCCCAUGUCUCAUGCUAACUUUAUUUUACUUACUUUCUGCUUUUAACUGAGACAACUGCACAUCUAAGAUAAACUGAUUGCUUGGCUUUACAAGUUUGGAUUUGUAUAUGUAAAAAUGGACAAAUGUAGAUACAGAUGCAUAUAUAAUGUACACAUAAAAGUACUCCUAUAGAAUUAAAAAAGAACCUGUAACCUCUGUCGCAUCAUCUAUAUAUCUAAAUAUAUCUGAAAUAUGGUGAUGAUUUGAGGACAAUACAUGAAUCCACAAGUUUUACAGAAUAACGGUGACCAUCAGCAAAAUACCAUCCUUUCACAAAGAGGAAAUGGGGGGGGGGUGUUCUUGUCAUACUGACAAAAAUAGAAAUAAAAUACCGAUAUUUGUUUACUCCGA